UCGCCUGGUACACAACCCGAAGCGCCCUUAUCCGGGUUCGAGGCACCCCCGAGUGCAACGGAUGCACGCCCUGGGGGCCAAGGGGCGCCGUGCCGCUUAUGCCUCCCGGCUCAUGUUGCCGGAGAUGACAAGAUGAUCCCAUUUUGACCUGUCGUUUUAUUCUGCGAUGAUCAUCAAGACGCCUCGCUACGUGCUCUGCCUUCUAGCGCGUGCUGCCUAUCCUUUAUAAAUCUGCGCCUACAAGCCCUCGCCAAGGUCUUAUCGACUGCAUCUCCUUUCCCCCCUUCCCUCCUUCCUGUACCAUAAUGCUCAGCGUCUGCGCCUACAAUGCUACACGACUUCCCCUUCGCGCGGGGAGGGGAACUGCUGCUAUUCAGUGGCGCCGAUGGAUGAGCGUGCGCCCUGAAGUGCGCGAGACGACUGAAGCUGCACGACCAAAGGUCACUGUCGCCGAUCUGCAGAAGAUGCACAAGAACCGCGAGCCAAUUGCUAUGCUCACUGCUUACGACUACCCUACCGCGAAAGCCGCCUCCGCCAAUCCCAACACCGACAUCAUCCUCGUCGGCGACUCGCUCGCGCAGGUCUGCCUCGGCUACGACUCCACCUCGCAGCUCACGCUCGACGAGAUGAUCCACCACGCGCGCGCUGUCUCGCGGGGGGCGACCCAUCCCUUCAUCGUCGCCGACAUGCCCUUUGGCUCCUUCGGCGUCUCCACCGAAGAGACGCUCCGGAACGCCGUCCGCCUCACGCAGGCCAGCAAGGCGGACGCCAUCAAGAUGGAGGGCGGCGCCGAGCUCGCGGACGCCGUCAGGCGCCUCGCGCACAUCGGGAUCCCCGUCAUGGGCCACAUCGGGCUCAUGCCGCAGCGGUUCAUGCUCUCGGGCUUCAGGGUGCAGGGCCGCACGGCGGCAGGCGCGCAGCGCGUGCUGCGCGACGCGCUCGCCUUGCAGCAGGCGGGCGCCUUCGCGCUCGUGCUCGAGGCGAUCCCGCGCAACCUGGGCGCGUAUCUGACCAACCGGCUCCGCAUCCCCACCAUCGGUGUGGGCGCGGGCAACCAGACGAGCGGGCAGGCUCUAGUGUGGGACGACAUCAUGGGGACGUGGUCUGGGCAUAAGGCGAGGUUUGCGCGCAGGUUUGCAGAUUGCCAAAGCGAGCGGGACGCGGGCGUCCAAAAGUACACGGAGGCCGUGAAGGCGCGGUCGUUCCCCAGCAUCGAGGAGAGCUACCCAGACGUUCCUGAGGAGGAGUGGGCGAAGUUCUUGCAGGUGGCGGAGGCCCAAUGAGGUGCGGAGGCUCAAUGAGGACAGAGGCCCAAUCAGGGCGGGGUCCCGAUAAUCUGUUGUACGAUCUACCUGUUGUUUGUUUGUCGCUUGCACUGCUGUGUGUAUGAAAUGUACCAUGCUGUAGAGUCUCGUUUCGUACGCCCUGCUGUGGGAUUUCGCUUC